CGAUGUUCUCGAACGGACGCGAUAAAAACGGUGUGGCGCGAUUGUCAUUGUGGAACGUUUCGUCGGCCCCCGAAAACGUGUGCGUUUCCAAUCAAUUAUCACGGUCCCCGAGUACGUUAACAGCACAAUAAUAAGCGAGAUCAGUCCCUCUCGCACUCCGUGUCCGUCACUGUCUCGCUCCGUCGUACUAUCAGCCCUGCAGCAUCACGCGUUCUCGUCGCCGCGGAUCUCUCAGACCCGUUCGCACCGUCAUCGACUAUUAUUUCCGGUCAACACUCUCCACGAACGUGCCGAGUUCCGCGUCGCCGCUCGGUCUCCUCCUCGGCCGAACUUCACCGAACAUCGACAAUGCUGAUGGUUGCCAUCACGAACGCAGUAAGUGCGCGUUGUGACCGUCCGGUACCGUAGUAAAAAAAAACGACGGUUGUCCGGCCGUGGUCCCUUGGUAACUGGAUUGUGCGUUCUCAGACAUCAGCUCAGGCCUCGGUUGCGAGUUGUUUCAUCUCUCUACGGACCUGUUCGUGUUGUGUAGGUUCCACUAAGAUGGCAGUGUUGUCCGGUUAAUCUGUACGAAUUUCACUACUCAUAAACGUUGCAUCAAUUCUUUUAAAUAACGUAAAGAAAACAUACCGCGUAUAUACAAACGUUGGCCAGUAUGAGACGUUCGACGGGUAUCUUUCGAUUGAUUGUGUUACUCUUGCCGUUCGUGUUAUCUGCUAGUCCAAAUUGGAUGUAUUUAGGAAUAAUAGGGAUACCACCACCUCUUCAACAACAACAAGCAUCCCCAGGUGCAGAAAUUGAGGAUCCAGAAAUAGUUCAAGCCAGAGCUAUUUGUAGUGCAUUACCUGGUUUAGCAUCAAAACAAGUUGAUGUAUGUCUGAAACAUCCAAAUGCCAUAUAUUCUGUAUCAGAUGGAGCUAAAAAGGCUAUUGAACAGUGUCAAUUUCAGUUUCGUCAUGAACGAUGGAAUUGUUCAGUAAUGGAAAAUGAACAAAGCGUGUUUGGCCCUACAUUGGACAGAGGUAGUAAAGAGACAGCUUUUAUAUAUGCCAUUACUAGUGCCGGUGUUGUGUAUUCAAUUACACACGCAUGCAGUUCAGGUAAACUAACAGAAUGCAGUUGUGAUUCUAUGCAACAUGGUCAAACAACACCAGAAGGAUGGAAGUGGGGAGGUUGCAGUGAUAAUUUACGUUUUGGAUUACAAUUUUCACGAAAAUUUGUUGAUGGCUCUGAACCUAAUCGCCGCCCAGAUAACUUUAAAACUACAAAACAAAAAAGAAUUUGGGCUGAUCGUCUCAAAAUGAACUUGCACAACAAUGAAAUAGGAAGACAGAUAGUUAUUUCAUUAAUGAAAAUGCAUUGUCGUUGCCAUGGUGUGUCAGGGUCUUGCGAAUUAAAAACUUGUUGGAAAUUUAUGCCAUCGUUCAACGAGAUAGGUAAUGAAAUCAAACAGAAGUAUGGAAAAGCAGUUCUUAUAAACCAUAUUGCAAAUGAUUCCCCAAAAAAAAACCAUACAACAAUACAUAAGAAAAGAGAAACCAGAGCUCUGAAGAGACUGAAGCGGCGGUUGUUGAUUGAGUCAAAAGAAUUGGUGCAUAUACAAAAGUCACCCAACUACUGUAAACAAGAUUUUGAGAACGGUGUUCUAGGAACAGAAGGCCGCAAAUGCAAUAUUACAUCAACUGGACCGGAUUCUUGUAAUAAACUAUGUUGUGGUCGUGGUUUUAUCACUAGGGUUGUAAAGGAGGAAGAACAUUGCAAUUGCAAAUUUAUUUGGUGUUGUUAUGUCAAAUGUGAUACCUGCUACAAAAACAUUGAACAAAAUUCGUGUAAAUAAAUACACAGUACUAAAGGUGUAUGUGUAUUUCCAUGUACUGGAAAUGAAAUUAUUAACAAUUGCUUCAGAGGAAAAGUAGUUCAUUGUUAUUUUGUAUUAACGAUGGUACGCGUACAAUUAAUAGAGAGUUAAUUUUCAUAUACAUAUCAAUAAAAAAUAAAAAAUGUGCACUUGCGCUAUGGCGUUCAGGACAAUUUUCAUCA